CAAACGCAACCCUCGCCCCUUGUCUCUCUAUAUUAAUUUCCCUUUUGCAAUCCAAUCCUGAAAUCUCCAUCCGCCCAUGAACUGAUCGAAAUGGACAACAAUCGACGGUCCAGAUCUUACUACGUCGUUCUUGGCGUCGAUAGGGAUUCCUCCGCCUCUGAAAUACGAACUGCUCAUCGGAAGCUCGCAUUGAAAUGGCAUCCAGACAGAUGCAUCCAAACGCCUCUGCAUGCAGAAGAAUCGAAGAGGAGAUUUCAGCAAAUUCAAGAAGCUUACACAGUUUUAUCUGAUCAAAGGAAGAAAAUGAUGUAUGAUGCGGGAUUGUACGAUCCAGAUGAAGAAGAGGAUGAGAUGAGUACAAUUUCACACACAAAGGUCGAUUUCCUAGUCCGACGGACUAUUGAAGUGAAUUCGUAGUCCGCCUUGAAUUGGUAAUCCUAGCCAUUCCAAUCAUAGGAGCUCCAAUAUGGUGAAAAGAAGACCGACCAUGGCCUAUCCGUAAUGAGGCCCACCAAUUUCAGUGUUCCGAGGUCUACCCAUCUUUCAGCAUUUGUAAUUUGUAAUUAUUUUUUUUCCCAUUCUUUCAGGUUUUUUCCGAGUUUAUGCAGGAAAUGCUGUCGCUCAUGGCUACCGAAAAGAGAAAGGUAUCAAGUUUUCUUUUAUUUUUAAUUUUGCUAACUGCCUUUUAUCGUUGGUUUACCAAUUCCACGAGCGCGUGGGAGCGUUGCCCAUUCACACGCUGCCUCACGUGUCAAUGUGAGAUGCGCGUGCGAGAUCUGAUUUUAUAAUCAGGUGCCAGCACUGCUUCAUUUCUUCUAACCUAAAAAAUCAGGCCAUUUCACAACUCAUGUGGGCGUCAGCAUCCAAAACAAAUGGACGGCUAGAAAAUUUUGUUUUAGCCAUUAGGUUUAUGGAUGGUGGCCCACGUGAGGAGUUGAAGCUGCUGAUUUUUUUUGGCAGAUGGAAACCUCAGAUUCACACGUGACACGUAUGCCUACAUGCGGAUGGUUAGCGCUUGUUGUUGCAAAUAUUACGCUAGUCCCUUACGGAUAACCGGUACUCUUCGGUUGUUAGAAUGCUAAGUGCACUCGCGGUUGUGAGAGGCC